AUAAAGACUUAUCUUUUUUUUCUGGUUCAAAUACAAAGACUAUCUAAUAAUUUUAAUAUACGCCAAUAAAGAAAGAAGACCGUAAGUGUUAGAGAAGAGAGAGAGUCUGCAUCUUGUGUCUUGCUCCGCCGUCAGGGGAAAGAAUAUGGAAGCAGCCACUGCUGUUCAGAGGUUUCACUACUCACCAUCAUCAUGGAUUGAUUGGAGAAAUUUUGAAGGGAAGCCUCGUGGUUCUCUACGUUACUCUCAGCGAAUCAAAGAGAAUAAAAGGCUUAGAGUUAUUGCUUUAUCUCACUUGCAACCUGACAAAAGAAGAGAUCUUCGACAACGAUCAGUUUCGGACAAGAACUCCUCAGCAUUGUUGGAAACUGGAGAUCUUCUUCAUUCUCCAUUUGAUGAAGAACUGGUUUUGAAGUAUUUGCAGAGAAAAGCUGAAGAGGUUAAACCGUAUUUGAAUGGACGAUCUAUGUAUCUUGUUGGAAUGAUGGGUUCUGGGAAGACGACAGUAGGAAAGAUCAUGGCAAAAGCACUUGGCUAUACAUUCUCUGAUUGUGACACAAUGAUCGAGGAGGCGAUGAAUGGAACUUCUGUGGCUGAGAUAUUUGAGCAUUUCGGUGAGAGUGUCUUCAGAGAGAAAGAGACCGAGACACUAAAGAAUCUCUCUUUGAUGUACCACCAAGUUGUUGUGUCAACAGGUGGUGGUGCGGUUAUAAGACCCAUUAAUUGGAAGUAUAUGCAUAAAGGUAUUAGCAUUUGGCUUGAUGUUCCUUUAGAAGCCUUAGCGCAAAGGAUUGCUGCUGUAGGAACAAACUCAAGACCAUUGUUACAUGAUGAUGAGUCAGGAGGAGACCCGUACACAGUGGCUUUCAACCGUCUUUCAACGAUUUGGGAAACACGUGGUGAAGCAUACACUAACGCAAGCGCGAGAGUCUCCUUGGAGAAUAUUACAUCAAAGCACGGGUAUAGAAACGUCUCAGACCUUACACCAACUGAAAUCGCCGUUGAGGCCUUUGAGCAAGUUCAGUGCUUUCUCAACAAAGGAGACAAGUAUUGAUAGACCCGGUGGCCUAUAGUUCAAGCGCUUGAGCUUGUUUGUGCCUAGUUUUGACUGUUACUACGGUAUAUAUAAUUGAAGAAUACUGUUUGUUUGAUUACUUUGUCAUAUUAUCUAUCCAAAAAAAGGGAAAUAAGUCAUUUGAUUUUUUUUUAUUUAUAACAAGAGAAUUUUCUGCAAGUCA